GGCCUCUCUGCCAAUUUUAAGUUUUCAAUUCAUAUAUUUUUGUGUCUCCCGUCUUUCGUUGAAAUGGAAGCAGUUCCUUCUUUUUGCGCAUAGCCAUACAGAUCUAAUUUUUAAUCACACUCGUUUUAUCUCAACAUGCGCGGUACGACUUCGAUAAUUUUGGCCCUCGCAGCGGUUGCGCGCGCCGCUGAACUCAGUCUCAAGAGCCGCGAGGUGACCGCAGGCGAAGAGUUUGAAGUUGAGGUUGUCAAUGCGACCGAGGCGGGCAGUGGAUAUCCAGGAAAGAAGACAACGCACCUUCAAUUUGGAAUUUCGAGCAUGGUAUAUGCCAAUUGGAUGUGCUCUCUGACCGAAUUCGUACCUGCUGAAGACGGCACGUUCAAGCUCACGAUUCCCCCAGAAAUGGGCCCUUUUGGUAGCCACUACAAACUGGCGUACUAUGGCUACGAAGAUCCCGAAGAGGGUACCGUCGGCGAUUCCAUCAUCCGGGGUAGCAACAAGUUCAUGCUGUACCUGCACGGCGCCAAAGGCCAGUUCGUCCCAGCCGAGACGGUCGAGCAAUUGAAGUACAACGGCCUGGUGGGCUUCUGGAAUGCAGACAUCCCAUGCAAGAGCUAUCCGUGCGCGCAGAAGUGCGCACAAGAAGAGGUCCCGCUGGACUAUGCGUGGAAUGAAGGAUCCACUUGGAUGAAGUGCAUCACGGAGUGCGAGGGAGUCAUUAUCAAUCAUAGCAGGAUCAACCAGUUUCCCGCGACUUCGUCGACAGAGGUGGAGGUGCCGCAGAGCUUGCCGACGCCGACUGGAAGCUGCACGGAGGAUAAACUCGAGACGAAGUGCGGGAAUGACUGUUGCAGCGAAAACGAAUACUGCUUCGGCUAUAGCCAAUGUGUGCCGUUGCCGCUAGAUAUCGAAUCGUUGAGGAGCCGACUUGCAAGCAAGACAUCCUCUCCCUCGUCUACCAGAACAGGUAGACCAACAGGAGAUCACUAUCCGACCGGUUCUGCGACAGGAUCGGUGAAUAUUGCAGGAACCGCUUCGUCCGGUACAGGGUCAUUGCCGACAGAAACAGGUGCUGCCAAUGGUUUGGGUAUGGAUUGGGCAGUGGUGGGUGCUGUUGCUGGAGUGUUUGGUAUUGCAGGACUUUGAUGAAUACAGUCAGUCCUUAGCCAUGACCAUGUAGAAAAACAUAAUUUUGAUAAUUACUCAUUGAAAGCG